UAUCCUUCUAAACAAAGAAGCAUAUUGGUUUAGUCUAGUAAGAGAAUGUGUUGGAAUCAGCUGAAGCGGCACGCACGCACUAUAUGUUGGAAAGUAGUGCAUAGAUUUCAACAUCAAAUAACUCCUCUUAGCUACCUCAACAACGACCUCUCAUCCUCCUUCUUCCUUCUACAAUCUACAUAUAUAUUGUACAUACACAUGAUAUAUAUUGUACGAGGAAGGUAUUGAGUUUCUAUUGGGAAUAAUUGGAUGUUUCUGACCUACAGAGAAGUUUGGCUUUCAGACAAUUGGAUAUGUAUCAUUGAAAGAAAAUAAGUUGCAGAAGAGUCGGAGGAAGAGGAAGGAACAGAGGAGAAAUCCGAGUUGAAAAGUGUUGGGUUGUUGUUUGUUAGUUAAAACAUGGAAUUUAGUGAGGAGUUUGAGCUUAUGAAGAAGCGAAUGGCUAAAAGUAGAAGAAUGGAAGCUGCUCAAGCCGGUAGUGGUGGUGGUGGUGGAGGUGAAGUAAGAAGAAUUCACAUCAUUUAUUUUCUCAGUCGUCGAGGUCGGAUUGAGCAUCCCCAUCUCAUCCGAGUCCGCCAUCUCUCCCGAAAUGGUGUUCGUUUGCGAGAUGUUAAGAGAUGGCUUUCGGAAUUGCGAGGAAAGGACAUGCCUGAAUCAUUUGCUUGGUCUUACAAGAGGAAGUACAAGACAGGUUAUCUAUGGCAAGACUUACUGGAUGAGGAUCUCAUAACUCCAAUCUCGGACAAUGAAUAUGUCCUCAAAGGAUCCGAAAUUCCCUCUUCCAAUCUUGAUCUUCUUCGAUCACAUGGAGAGAAGAAAGAUUCCAUCCAAAAAGUGCAUUCUUCAACCUACAAAACCGAUGCAAGAGACACCAAAUCCACAUCCAAACAACAAAAUGAACAUCAACAACAACACCCACAACAAACAACAACAAUUGAUGUGUCCACAAAAACAACAUCCUCAGAAAUAGAAGAAGAAUCGCCUCCAUUUGGGUCCGAGACCUCCACGUUGACCGAUGAUUCACUAAAGCUCGAAGAAGAGAAGCAUUCAGAUUCUAGCAAACAAGAAACAAGAAAUCUAGACAAGUUUGAAAAUUCCUCUCCUCUUUAUUCGAUUCUCUUGAAUAAAAAGAACGAUCAGAACAAGAACAAGAACAAGAACAAGAACAAGAACAAUAAGAAUAAGAACGAGAAGGUUGUGAACCCUAGUACACCGGCUUCAUCAACAUCAACAUCAACAUCAUCGUCAUCAUUCUCUAAGAGUAAGAGCUACUCUGGUGGAGCGACUAACAUGUUUCGAAGCUUCAUCACAUGUGGUGCAGUGGACACGAAUGAUUCGGCUUUGGUGAUGAUCAACAGGAGAGAUAAGAAGAGCUCUUCUUGCUAUGAACCCAUAAGUAAGAUGCAUGAGAAUAGUAGUAUUAGUACUGAUAAUAAUACUGCAGAGAUUUGCAAAGAAGACAAGUUGGGAGGGUCUGAGAGGGUUUUUGGGACUCCUUGGAUUAAACAACAACAGCCACAUCCCAAUGCUAGGAAAAGCUUUGAUGGAGUAAAGAGUUCAAACCGUAAUAAGAGCCAAUUCAAUAAUCAGCAAAAGUCAAUUCCUGCUGCUUACAAGCCAAUCAAUGGGCCUAAUUGCUCGCUUAGCAGGCUGAACUCUAGGGGACUAUGGUCAAUCCAAAUGGUACAAAUUGGGCACAGAGAAUCUUUAGGUUAAAGAUUCAUUACAAUUUACAAAUCAACAUGAAUCUAAAGCAUAUAAAACCUGCUAUUUGGUGUUUAUAUUUUACUACUAGUAGUUCAAACCCUGAGCAAAGCAAAAGUUUUACUUGUUCUAAAGCUGGCAUUUGAUUUGUUGACAAUGAUGUAAGCUUGAGAGCAUUAUUAGCAUUGAAGGUACUUAGUCACCCUACAUUCGGCUCAAGAAUUGGACUCACUUGCCUUAUCAUUUGGCUCUCCUCAGUAUACAAUUACACAUUUUACUUGUCUUCAUUGCUACAAUUAUUAAUUGUGUCAAUCAAUAUGAUUUAACAAUAAUACUAAACUAAAUAUGAAAGGAGAUCAUUUGUCUCACUCUCUCUUUAUCUCCUCAUCUCAAUUCCCCUAUCUAUUAUAAGUUCAGACUCAGUGAGAUAACUCAUAAAAUAGAAAGUGUAUUUGAGAUAAGAGAACAAAAGAUCCUUAAUCUAGUAUAAAUUCAAGUCACACAAUUCACUUUUUUGUAAACUUUUUGUCUCUGUAACUUUACUGAUAAUUCAAAAUUGGAAUUAUAAGCUCCAUUGAUCCAUGACUCUUCUAUGGUUUGCUUGCCCCUCUUAUUGAAAUUGUUCACUUCCAAGACUAGUGACACAAAUUGGCAUAGUUCGUUUCAUGUCUCUGUACAAAAUGCAAAAGACUAGACAAAUGCAGACCCUAUUGACAAUAGUACUUCAGGACAAUCAACUAUAGUUUUAUGUCUGAUUUGGGCACUUAAAUUCGAGGUGGAAAGUGUGAUUUUAUGCUUAAUCAACCAUCAACCUGGUAUUAUGUCUUCUCUAUGAUCUCAUUAUUUUGAGUUUUCUAAAGCCAAGGAGUGACCAAAACAUGCAUAUU